AUGGUCUCUGCUGCCAUUCCCGCCCUCAGCCUUCUGCUGGUGGUGAUGGGAAGAGCUGGUGAGGGGAAGGGGGAUAGGAGUGGAAUCCAAAAUUUCUUCUACCCACGGAGCUGCCGAGGGAAUAUGUGGGACAGGGAGGCCUGUGGGGGCCAGGCGGCCAUCGAGGACCCCACCCUGUGUCUUCGGCUGCAUUGCUGUUAUCAGGAAGGGAUCUGCUACCACCAGAGGCUGGACGAGAACAUGCGAAAGAAACACCUCUGGACCUUGAGCUUAACGUGUAUCGGCCUGCUCAUGCUCAUCUUUCUCGCCUGUUUCUUCUGGUGGGCCAAACGCCGGGGCCUAUACAAGAAUAUGAAGAUGCCCGCCCGCCUCAGCUAUUUCAGGAAAUUCAAAGCCUCCGGGAGGAAGAGCACCAGUAGUACCUUUUCCCUGAAGAAGAAGGAGCAGUCUCCUCUCCUAGCGCAGGGCAGAGGGAGCUCCGGACAGGUGACCUACGACGACGACGACGACGCCACCACGGAGACCUCGGAAGAAACGGAAGAUAUGUCGGAGGACCAGGAAGAGGAAGAAAAGAAGAGGGAGGAGGAAGAAGAGGAGGAUUGAGAUGAGGGUCGCCGUGGCCCAAGAGAAAUAUAG